AUGUUGUUUUACAUGAUAUCAGCCAAAUUUCCAAAUACACAUGCAUUCCCAAUUUUUCAAUUUGUCGUUUAUCCAAACACUUCAGAAAAUAUUGCAUUCUGUCUCAAGGCAUUUUUUAACUGGGCAAAAGUAAAACCAAAAUAUUUUAUGUCAGAUUGUGCACAAGAAAUCGAAAAUGCGAUUAUCAACUCUUUUCCAGAAGUUAUCCUUCAUUGGUGUGCAGUUCAUGUAAUGAGGGUGUUCAGAAAAAAUUUGAAAGAUUAUGCAUUUGAGAGUUCAGACAAAUUGAUAUUAGAUACAAAAAUGAACUAUCUUGCAUACGGCAGAAAUGGCAAGAAAGAAUGGAUUGAACCAACGUUCAAAAAAAUUCUGGAAAUAGCCGAAAAAUUCCCAGAAUUUUCAAAAUACAUACAAAAUCAAUGGAUAUCAAACCAAGAAAGAUGGACAGCCGCUGAAAGAGAUGAAAAUUUAGCUCUCACAAAUAACAUUUCAGAAUCGAUUAACAAAAAAAUUAAAUAUUACUACUUUGGCGGAACAAUUUUCAUGAGAUUUGAUCGAUUUGUGAUGAAAUUAAUCGAUUUUAUCGUUCCUUCAUUUUAUUACAGAAUUUCUCAAGAUAUAAGGCUCAGAGACAAAAUUCCAAAUCCGUUGCCAUCUGAAAAAAAGCCAAAAAAGUCUACAAUCAGACUGGAUACAGAAAAAUGUAUAAUGCUCACUGAUAAAAUUAAAUCGUUAAUAGUUAACUCAUCAGCAAACUUAAAUACGCUUCAAUUGGGUUUAGAUGACCUACUUGAUAAAGUUGUCAAGGCAGCAAAGGUUCAAAAACGAAUGACCCAGUAUUUUUCGAAAUUAAGUAUCCCAAUGGAAAUCAAGCUUAGUAUUCUCACGCAAAUUACAGAAUUUGGAUGCAAUACCCCUCAAUUCAUUGUUGAGAAUGCCAAGUCUUUUCAAGAUAAAAUUAUUACAGAUUUCCACCUUCAAAUUUAUACAACAUUAUAA